GUGAACGCUGCAUCAAAAGGACAUUUGCCCAUUGUUCUUUACCUUCUGACAAAACAGCAAGCCGACCCACUAGUCCGGAAUAAUUGGGGAGAGACUGCGUACGAUGUUGCUGCAGCCGUCUUCGAAAUCUGGGUCUGUGAGGUCCUCCAGCGAUUUGAAUCAGAGAAGUGGCGCGAUUCGAGCGUUGCUUACAACCCAUUGGGGGUACACACGACUGUUCCCUUGAUACUGUACGAAAAUCAGCGACUCGAUGUUCGUCUGAAGACGCUAGCGGUUUCGGGCGGUCGUCCCAGGUUCUCAGCUUCUGGGCUGGGUCGCCGCGGACGGCAGCCGCCAUUUGAGCUCGUCCUCCCCGUCGCCUCCGAGACAAGCGGGAAGAAGAUUGGCGCGUGGCGUAGCGACGUGCAACUUCCCCUGCGUGAGGACCCUUUCACUCUGCCGAAGCCAGGCUCAUCGCGAGAGGGAGCGGAGCGUAGUCAUUUCUGGCUGUCUGAUUGGACGUUAGACGUUACCCCUCCUGGUGUCGACGCUCAAGAAGGUUGGCAGUAUGCCCAUUCGUUCUCUGAUCCAGACGACCAGUGGGUUGCCGAGCCGCCUGCGCAGCUCGAACGUCUGCUCAACGGUAGUGGCGCAGUUGCGGUUGGUUUAGGGGGCGGAGGCUCUCGCAGCCGAAGCAGUAGCCACGGGAGCACUAGCACUAGCACGCACGCACCACAGUCGUGGGUGCGCCGCCGCCGGUGGGUGCGUGUAAUGCGGCGGAGACUCGAUAUACCUCCGCUACCGUUCCUCCUGCCUGAUGGCGCCAUGUACCAUCUGGCGGAUGGACAGCUUAUACCCUAUGUUGAGCACGAAGAUGGCGUCAGUGACUUCGGUGGCAGCGAUGGACAGGAGAUGAGCGCGAUGCCGGCUUCGGGACUGGGUUCGCAGGACUAUGUCGCGCGGGCGAGGUACUUGGUCGGUACGCCGCAUCCGGAUGACGACGACAUGAGCUCUGCGUUAGAGGCGAGACGGAUGAUUGCGAAGCUCGAGCGUGCUACGACAGAGCUUCGACAAGGUCUCCUUGGUGAUGACGAUAACGAGCGCAAGAUCCAGGCUGAGGUUCUUCUGAACGCCUACAACCGGGAGUUGGAACGGAGACGACUUGCUGCCGGUGCGCAAGGGCUGCUCAUCUCUGGCGACGACUAUAUCGAUCUCGACGACGAUGACGAUGAAGAGGAGUUCAUUUACCCAGGAGUUUCUCCUAUAGAAACCACUCGCGCACCGUCGAUACGUUCGACGACCACCGACUACUUCGGUCGCGCCACUAGCUCUAGAGGGCCCACAGAUCUUACGCCGCAUCUGUCACAGGCUCCGGAGUUCCGUGUGCCCACCCACGAAGCUCCCCAGAAGGUGCUCACGCCGCGAUGGUCAACGCCUUCCCCUCAUCAGCUUCACGCAACGUGGGAACGAGAUGAUCAGGUGUCGGAGUGUCGUGAAUGCCGUCGUCGCUUCAACUUCCUGAAUCGAAGACAUUGUCGUCGCUGUGGACGUAUCUUCUGUGACCGCUGUUCGUCGCAAAGGGUCCUUCUCGAUCCCUCCGACAUCGUACACGACCCAUCGUUCCCGGAGGCUCCUCCAUCGGCAACCCAGCAACGUGUUUGUCUCAACUGCUACGAGGAAGUCACGGCCACAGUUCCCAACGGCUUGGCGGCGUCACGCACGACGUCUUUGGAGAGGAUAUUCAUCGAUCAGAGGCGACUCAACAUACCGAGCCCUACUCGCGCCCAGUCCAGCUCGCAGCUGAGCGACCUUGCUGAAUGUCCCGUCUGCCAGCUUGCACUGUCUGAUCUAGGCCCUCCUUACGCCCAGGAAUCACAUGUGAAGAAUUGUCUGGAGGGCGGUACGGGCAAGCCCCCUCAGACCGCAAAGUACCUUGUGUACAAGCUUCCGGCGGAGAGCGCCCUCAUUGGAACGGAAUGUGUCAUCUGCUUGGAGGAGUUUGUCAAGGGAUCCACGGUGGCACGACUGAGCUGCUUGUGCAGUUUCCAUAACGCUUGCUUGUCGUCAUGGCUGCAGCGCGGACGGAGCUGCCCGGUCCACGCUCGUUGA